AGGGAAGGUAUUAUCGGUGAUGGUUCAUUUGACUGUACUGUUGAUCAUGAGAAGUAUGCGAGCAUUUAUGGACCUACCACCGGUGAUAAGAUUAGGCUUGGUGAUACCAAUCUUUAUGCUGAGAUUGAAAAGGACUUCGCCUUUUAUGGUGAUGAGUGCAUAUUUGGCGGUGGAAAAGUUCUGCGUGAUGGCAUGGGACAAGCUUCAGGGUACCCAGAAUCUUUCUGCCUAGAUACAGUUAUAACCAAUGCUGUUGUGAUUGAUUAUACCGGAAUAUACAAGGCUGAUAUCGGUAUAAAAGGUGGACUUAUAGUUGCUAUUGGAAAGGCUGGAAACCCUGAUGUCAUGGAUGGUGUCCAUAACAACAUGAUUGUUGGGGUCAAUACUGAAGUUAUUGCAUCUGAAGGCAUGAUUGUCACUGCUGGUGGCAUAGAUUGCCAUGUCCACUUUAUAUGUCCUCAGUUGGCAGAAGAGGCAAUUGCAAGCGGCAUCACGACAUUAGUGGGUGGUGGAACCGGACCAGCACAUGGAACUUGUGCCACAACUUGCACUCUAGCACCAUCUCAAUUGAAAUUAAUGUUGCAGUCCACUGAUCAAUUGCCAAUUAACAUGGGAUUCACAGGCAAGGUAUAAAUCUGUAUGCUGUGA